AACUUAAAACACUAAAAGAUAAAAUGUCAGUGCAAAGAGUAUUUAAAUAUGUAGCCGAGGCUAGACCAGUAUUUAAAGCAUUAAAUAGUGUAUUUCUUAUUUAUAAACCUGCUCAUUUACGUUUCAAUCGAAUGAGGGAUACAAUAAUUCAAAAUUUGUGCAGAGAUUUAAAUGAUAUGAAAACUCGACCACCACUCAAAUAUGUAGUUAUAGAAGGUCAAACGGACAUAAAUUUAAAAGUUCACGUUCGAGAUAGUUUUGCAGAUCAUCCAUUAGUAGUAGGGCCUCGUUAUCAACCAAAUGACUUUAGAUUGGCUGCUACAAAAAAUAUGCAUGAAGAUGUGUCUGGUAUUAUAGUUUGUGGACUUAAUAAAGGUAACAGAAUUGUACAUAUGCUGAAAGAAUCCAAGUGUGUAAGGUUUUAUAGAGUAGCAGGAUUAUUAGGUCAAGCAACAGAUAAUUAUUUUCAUACUGGAAAAAUAGUAGAAAAAUCUAAAUAUACCCAUGUAAAACGUGGUCACAUUGAUAAAAUAUGUACUUCCAUGCAAUCUUCUCAUCAAAGGAAAAUGUUUGAUUUAUGUGGAGUAGACAUACAAAGUCAAGCUGCAUAUGAAUUGGCAUUGCAAGGUCCACUUCGACCAACAGAUCGUAGUAUUCCUUUGUUAUAUACAAUUAAAUGUGUGGACUUUUCACCUCCACACUUUGCAUUAGAAAUUGUUUGUACACAGGAAUAUGAUAUGUAUUUGAAAACAAUAGUUCAUGAUUUAGGUAUGGCUCUUCGUACUAAUGCUACUUGUGUUCAAAUACAAUGUAUACAAGAUGGUCUUUUUAAUAAAAAGCAUGCAUUAUUAACAAAACAUUGGACUCUGGAACACAUCAUGGACAACAUGCAGAUGUGUCGAGCUAUUAUUGAUCAAAAUCCAAAAGUAUUACGUCAGGAAAACCCUGCAUUAGUAGAAUAUGAUGGUGAUACUAAAGUAAGACCUACUAUUUAUGAGUGA